UUGCGGUGUACGUAGGCACCGAAACGAUGCCAAUACGGGGGUCACUACUGCCCCUUAUAUAUUGUCGGGAUGCAUCACCACAGUCAGUGUUCAACGGACAAUCAAAACAAACUACCAAAAUGUUCAAGUUUCUGAUCUUCUUCGCUCUCUUGGCUUUCGCCAUCGCAAAGCCUUUGGUGUACACAGCACCACUGACUGCAGCCUACAGCGCGUACACCGCACCCGUCGCAGCAGCGUACACCGCGCCGCUUGCGUACUCUCCAUACAGCGCGUACUCCCCCGUCGCUUACUCAGCCUACACUUACGCCUCCCCGUACUCUUACUACCUUUGAGUAUGACGAAUAUUGAGCUUAUGAAUUUUUAUUAACGAAAGUGAUAAGUUAAUGGAUCUUGAUGUUUUUAUUGUUUUUAAUGCGUCAUUAAA